AUGGAAGAGAAUACGAGUUCUAUGGAAGAAGAAUGUUUUCUUCUAGAAAAACGAAGGACAGAAAUAUUAAAGGAAUGUUCCGAAUUGUUGAAAGGUGAUAAUCGUCACACGAGAGAAACAUUCAGGAAAUUGUUUCAAGAACAGAUUUUUCUAGAAAAAUUAUUUAGAUUGUUCGAUCAAGAUCGCGACGAAUUAUUGAAACAAGAUGAAUGGAUCGAAUUUAUGAAGAGUAGAUUAACAAAUGAAAAGCAACAAGAUUUCAUCGAUCAAAUAGAAAGCGUUGCGUUUGUAUUGUGUGCCGAAAAACCAUUGAACUUUACCAGUUUUGUUCAAUUAUUUUGUGCGAAAGGGAUAGUAGAUAAACUGUUUCGAUUGAUCGAUCAAGAAAAUUCUGGAUACGUAACUACAAUUAAAAUCAUGGAAUUUAUAAACGACGUUAGUAAUCCAAGACCACGUGGUGGCUUUGAUAAACGUAGCUUGGAAUGGUUGGAAAAUAUUUUUAAACAAACUGUUGGCAAUCAAAAAGAAAUACGUCGUGAGGAAUUCAAAAAUAUUGUCACUUCGAAAAACCCAUUUUUUACGGAACGUGUAUUUCAAAUAUUCGACAAAGAUAAUUCGGGAACGAUAUCACUUCAAGAAUUUAUCGACGCCAUGAACGAAUUUGCUGGCAAAUCUGCCGACGACAAAAUCAAAUUUCUUUUUCGAGUAUACGAUAUCGAUGACGAUGGUUUUAUACAAUAUCGAGAAUUGGAACACGUAAUGAGAGCUUGCAUGGAAGAAAAUGGAAUGAAAUUUAGCGAUGAACAAAUCGAAGAAUUGACCAUUGCACUUUUCGAAGAUGCCGAUACUUGCAAUCGUGGUGCAAUCACUCUCGAAGGAUUAAAAAAACAAUUGGAAAAACAUGACGGUUUUUUAGAAAAUUUAUCAAUUAGCAUAGAUCGUUGGUUGGUCCCACCUAAACCGAAAGAUACAAAAAAACCAAUAUUCCAUGGAUUUUUGUCAUCGUUGCAACCGCAUCAAUUGACGAUGCCUUAUAUUAAAAAUAAUUACGUAUACAUAACGUUCAUUUGUAUUAUAUUAACAAUUAAUUUAAUACUUUUCCUCACGAGAAUCAUUGAAUAUCGUCAAAACAACGUCUACGUAAUUCUGGCACGUGCCUGCGGUCAAUGUUUGAACUUCAAUUGUACUUUCGUACUCGUUCUGAUGUUACGCCAAUGUAUUACAUUUUUACGAAUCAAUGGUUUCUCAUCUAUACUACCAUUGGAUCACCAUAUUUAUCUUCACAAGAUGACCGGAAUUUUGAUCAUUAUUUUCGGUUUAAUUCACACUAUCAUGCAUCUUUUAAAUUUCGGUACAGUUGUUAUAAACGAUGACAAAUUAAACAAUUCCAAUUACACCAUGGCCGAAUGGAUAUUUACAAGCAAACCAAAAUUAUUCGGAUUGGUAGGAGGUUGUGCCAAUCCAACUGGUAUUGCCCUAAUCAUCAUACUUCUUAUAAUGACCGUUUGUUCGUUGCCUUUUGUAAGAAGAGGUGGUUGUUUCGAGAUCUUUUAUUGGUCUCACCUACUUUACGUACCAUUCUGGAUUUUAAUGAUAUUCCAUGGGCCGAAUUUUUGGAAAUGGUUUGUCGUUCCAGGCACCAUUUAUCUUUUCGAAAGAAUAAGAAGACUCGUUUGGUCUCGUUCACAACGUGGAAAGACUUAUAUAAAAUCCGGUCUCUUGUUACCUUCGAAGGUGACUCAUUUGGUGAUCAAACGACCACCCAAUUUUGACUUUCAUCCUGGUGAUUACGUUUUCGUUAAUAUACCAGUAAUAGCCCGUUACGAAUGGCAUCCAUUUACCAUAAGCAGUGCACCGGAACUAAAAGAUUACAUAUGGCUUCACAUAAGAGCCUUAGGUGAAUGGACCAAUACUUUAUAUUUAUAUUUCGAGAGGGAACAUAUGAAACUUCAUCGAGGCGACGAUUUAUCCGUAGACGGUGCCAGUACUAACAACGUUAAUCUUACGCGUAAAAAAUCAUUUCUUAGCGUUAAUAUAGGCAAAAAAAAUAAAGAUGAUUCGUGCUCGUUAUCCGAUUCACGCGGUAUAGACAAUCUUGUUUUUGUUGCUGACGUCAAAGCUUCAUCCUCGUCAAAUUCGACUAUCAACGAUACUGGAACAUUUCUUAAAACACCGGAAUGUACACCGAAAAUGAUUAAAAUGACGGAAGAACCGAAAUUACGUCAAUUUUUAUUGGCGAGUAAACUACCAUUGGAAAAAUCAUUUUCUGUGCCUGACAUGCAAACGAGAUAUAAAAACAAGCAACGUUCGAUCGCACUUCGCGAUUAUGGGAGAUCAGAAUCCGAAAAAAGUUUCGACGAGUGUCAGAUACGCCGUGCGUGCACGAAAUUAUUGGGAAGAGCUUAUUUAAGCCCGCAAAACAAAUCAUUGGCUGAAAGUGUUCGAUACAUGAGAACAAAGCCUACGAUUAUUGCAUUCGAAACCCCAAGUCUUGAAAAUUUCGAAUACGAUGAAGGAACGAACUUGAACAAUAAAAAUAAAAAUUGUACUUCGCCAACUUGUUCGAUCAGAGAAGAAGCCGCGGAGGAAGGAAGAUUGAACAACAUUUAUGAAGAAAUGAGAAAAAUUGAUCAGAAAACUAAAUCAAUUGAGAUUAAAAUCGAAACGGCUUCUAACACAACUAUCGAUUAUCCAAUUGGAAAACCAUUAGAGAUAUUUUUAGAUGGCCCAUACGGUGCACCAUCAAGUCAUAUAUUCCAAGCACAACACGCGGUAUUAAUUGCAACCGGUAUCGGAGUAACACCAUUUGCUUCUAUUCUUCGAUCAAUUAUGCAUCGAUAUUGGGAGGCCAGACAAACUUGUCCUAAAUGUCAAUUUUCUUGGGCCAAUGAAAUACCGCCUACCAUCAUGCAUCUACGAAAGGUCGAUUUCUUUUGGAUCAAUCGAGAUCAACAUUCUUUCGAAUGGUUCGUCAACUUGCUUUCCCAACUCGAAAUGGAACAAGCUGAAUUAGGGAAUGCUAUGGAACCUUUUCUCGAAAUGUACAUGUAUAUUACAAGUGCUUUACAAAAACACGAUAUGAAGGCUGUAGGUUUACAAUUGGCCAUGGAUUUGCUUCACGAAAAGGAAAAACGUGAUCUGAUAACGGGAUUAAAAACAAGAACAAAUGCUGGCCGUCCAAAUUGGGAUAAAGUAUUCAAACAACUGCGAGAUCGAAAAAAAGGCAAAAUUACUGUAUUUUAUUGCGGCCCACCUCAGCUCGCAAAGAUUCUCCGACACAAAUGCGAUCAAUUUGGAUUUAAAUUUCGAAAGGAAUCCUUCUGAUUCUUCUAUCCUCUCCAUUAUCGUACACAUCAUCCUGUUUAUUUUCUUUAUUUUCAAAUCGUCAUCUACC